AUGGCUCCAGGAAAUGGCUCUUCCGUGACUCAGUUCAUUUUGUUGGGAGUAACAGACCAACCAGAUCUCCAGCUCCCACUCUUCUUCCUCUUUCUAGUAAUGUAUAUGGUCACUGUGAUGGGAAAUUUGGGCUUGUUAAUCCUUAUUGGGCUGAGUUCAAACCUACACACGCCCAUGUACUUUUUCCUCUUUAACUUGUCCUUCAUAGAUCUCUGUUAUUCUUCUGUGUUUACACCCAAAAUGCUGAUUAACUUCAUAUCAAAGAAGUUUAUAUCUUACAUGGGGUGCAUGACCCAGCUCUAUUUUCUCAUUUUUUUUGUGAUUUCUGAAAUCUAUGUGCUAACAUCAAUGGCCUAUGACCGCUAUGUGGCCAUCUGUAACCCACUUUUGUAUAAUGUUAUCAUGUCCCCUAAAGUGUGCUCCAGCCUUAUGCUUGGUUCAUACUUCAUGGCAUUUGCCAGUGCCAUGGUUCUCACCGAAUGCAUGCUGAGACUGACCUUCUGUGAGGCAAACACCAUCAACCAUUAUAUGUGUGAUAUCAUGCCUCUGCUCAAGCUCUCCUGCAUGAGCACCUAUGUCAAUGAGAUGGUAGAUUCCAUUAUAGCAGGGUUCAAUAUCAUUGUGCCCAGUAUCACCAUCUUUGUCUCUUAUGUUUUCAUCCUCUCCAACAUCCUUCAAAUCAGCUUCAAAAAGGGCAGAUCCAAAGCCUUUGGCACCUGCAGUUCCCACAUCAUUGCUGUUUCUCUCUUCUUUGGAUCAAUUUCAUUUGUGUAUCUCAAACCAUCUUCUGCUGUGUCUAUGGAUGAAGGAAAAAUCUCUUCUGUUUUUUACACCAAUACGGUUCCUUUGCUGAACCCCUUAAUCUACAGUUUGAGGAACAAAGAUGUUAAACUUGCUCUGAGAAAAACCCUGCCUAGAUGGUUUUGA